AACACACUUAGCCUUUAGCCCGACGUCCUAUACGCCGAACACACACGUAACACUCGGAGGGCAUGUACGCGUGAAUUGGAUGAAACUGGUGACCUCGAUGAAAUGCAGCUCUUAUCAGGAUAGAAUGCGCGUACCAACGCAGCGCCGAGUGCAUAUCUCAUACAAUACCGAAGGCAUGAUCGGAAGGCUAUCAGUCGAACCUUUCGCUAACGAUGCUUCUAGCUUGGCUUUGGCCUGUGACACUCCACGAACACGAGCACCCCUGCACAUUUGCGGGACCGCCCCGUGGUCGCGAUGCGGGUAAGCCGGCCAGUGGCGUCGAUAUAUAUAUUGUUGAUUUCACCAUUCAAGUGAAGGUCGGCGAGCCAGCAAUCCAGUAUACCCUGCUGAUUGACAGCGGAAGCUCGAAUACGUGGGUAGGCGCAAACAAAAGCUACACUCCAACGAGCAGCAGCCACAACACUGGCAAGUCCGUCGGUGUCACAUACGGCAGCGGACGCUUCUCUGGAACAGAGUACCUUGACACGCUCGACCUCGGCAACGGUCUCAUUAUUGCGAACCAGUCCCUUGGUGCCGCUAACGCGUCGUCAGGCUUUGACGGCUCGUUCGACGGCAUACUUGGCAUUGGGCCCAUCAACCUGACGGAAGGCACCAUUCAGGGCUCGUCCGAGCUGGUCCCGACUACCGCAAAUAACCUGAAGUCGCAGGGUAAGAUCGGCGCCGAGGCCCUGGGGAUAUUCUACCCACCGUACGCAGAGAAAGCGUCGGGGUCGAUCACGUUCGGUGGCGCAGACACGAGCAAAUGCACGAGCUCGGUGAGCUACGUGCCGAUUACGAAGGCGAGCCCGGCAAACGACUAUUGGGGCAUCGACCAAAGCAUAUCGUACGCCGGCAAGGUGAUCUCGACCACCACGAGCGGGAUCGUAGAUAGCGGAACGACGAUGAUCCUGCUUGCGACCGACCACUAUCAAGCCUACAUGAACGCGACUGGCGCAGUCAAAGAUAGCAAGACAGGAAUGCUCAGCCUCACAAAUGACCAGUUUAAGAACUUGCAGCCGCUCCAGUUCAAUAUCGGUGGCCAGACAUGGACCCUCAGCGCGAACGGGCAGAUCUGGCCGCGCACAAUGAACACUGCAUUCAGUGGCGACAACGACCACGUAUACCUUGUCAUCGGCGAUCUUGGAAGCGAAAGUGGCCAAGGCUUCGACUUCAUCAGCGGUUACAUGUUCAUGCAGCGCUUCUACACCGUCCUGGACGCGACCAACUCGCGCAUCGGCUUUGCGACAACGCAAUAUACAGAUUCGCAGGCGAACUAAGCCGCCCUUCUUCCUUUUGACUUCCUAAUUGCACAGGCACCGCUCUCACCAGUGACCAGCCUGUUGCUAUAUCUACACGCUAUACAUCUUAGUGAAUUUUGCUGCCCGUUAGCCAGUAGCUAGCCAACCAUGCUGCGCUUGCGUCCACGGAGACGGACCUCAUCGAGCCGCUUGCUUACUGCUGGCCAUUCUUUUCCCAUUUUCUUCUCGUAUGCGCGCAGAACGGAUGUGAAGAACGGUUCGGAGUCGGGGUGUGUUGACGCAAAGGCGCGUUCGAGCACGUACAGAUCGACAGCCUUGUCCUCGACAAGGCUGGACGUGUAGGCGAGCCCAAAGUCAAUGAGCACCAGGUGGGAUGGCGAAGAAGACGUCGGAUGGCGGAGCAUCAUAUUUGAGGUUGUCAGAUCGCCAUGGAUGAUGUCCGCGAGGUGCAUCUUGGCGAUCUCGGUGCCGAUCAUCUGCAUAAGUUCGCCUUUCAGGGAAUUAGUGGUGAUAUCGUAUGAAAUUUCAAAAUAUACCUCGAGAGACGUUGUACUCCGCGAGCGAGUCUUCUUCCAGCAGGGGCACCGCGUCGUCUCCAUCGUCGCCUUCUUCAACGGUUUCGUCCUCUUCCACGCCACCGAGUAAAAACCGUACACUCUUGCCAUCAAUCCACUCAAUUCCAAGGAUACCCUGGACAGUAUCGACCAUCCGGAUCCCUGGAACGCUGACACCGUGUCGCAGGCAUUUCGUGAGUGCACGGGCCUCGCCCGCUACACGUGCUUUGGUCAACGAUGUAUCUAGCGUCGGGUGGCGGUAUUGUUUGUGGAAACGAUACUUCAAUAGGACAUAUUCUGCCUUGCCAGAAGACUCUUCUAUUUGACUAAGGGGCUUGGGGUGAAGACAAGCCCUAUAUAUUUUCUAUUAGAGCGAG